AUGGACAAGAAGCCAGACGACGACAAUGGUAAGUCCCAAGAUGUCGAGGUGAGAAAAGGGCCGUGGACGAUGGAAGAGGAUCUCAUCCUCAUCAACUACAUAGCGAAUCACGGCGAAGGCAGUUGGAACUCCCUAGCCAAAGCUGCUGGUCUAAAACGUACCGGGAAGAGUUGUCGGCUCCGGUGGCUGAACUAUCUGCGACCCGACGUCCGGAGAGGCAACAUCACUACUGAGGAGCAGCUCCUGAUCAUGGAACUGCAUGCCAAGUGGGGAAACAGGUGGUCUAAAAUUGCAAAGCAUCUUCCCGGAAGGACUGACAAUGAGAUAAAGAACUUCUGGAGGACUAGAAUCCAAAAGCACAUCAAGCAGGCAGAGGCUUUCUCUGGUCAGAGCUCCGAGAUGAGUGAUCAAGCAAGCACAAGCCACAUGUCCAGCAUGCCAGAGCCGAUGGAGACCUACGACUCACCGCCGUCAUUCCGAGGCAACAACAACAUGGAGCCUUUGCCGGUGAAUUUGUCGGUCGAGUCGAAUGAAGCCUACUGGAGCAUGGACGAUCUUUGGUCUAUGCAGUUACUCAAUGGGGAUUGA